AACUGAUCAACUUGAUAACAACAAAAUCAGCCAGUCGCGCCGGUAAUCGUGUGUGUUAUUUCACAAAUUCAAGUGCUCCGUGCUUCUUUGGAUAAAAAUGGUUUCCACUUCGCGGACAGAUGCAUGUGUUAUUGGGGCAGGUAUUUCGGGCCUUGCAACGGCGAAAUGCCUCCAGGAUGCUGGCUUUGCAGUGGUUGUUUUGGAGCAGAGCGAUCGCGUUGGUGGCCUUUGGGCGUUCCGGGAGCGUGGAUAUGGGGUCAUGCGGUUUACACACAUCAACAUAUCCAAACACAACUACUGUUUCUCUGAUUAUCCAUUUCCCGAUGAUGUGCCUGACUUCCCGCACCAUUCAGACAUGGCAAAAUACAUUGUUGAUUACAUGACGCAUUUUGGGCUGGACAAGAUCGUCCGGUUCCAGACGAGAGUGGUCUCCUUGAACCGGCAGGGUGAAGAGUGGAUAAUUAAAACAGCCCAGGUAGACGAGGAUAAACAUGGCAGAGAAAAACUCGGGGAACAAGAAAUCUUUGUGGCGAAGUAUGUGGCCGUUGCAUCCGGUCACCACGCGACCCCGAACCUGCCCAACUUGCCCGGCCAAGAGUCAUUCAAAGGAGAAAUCAUCCACAGCAUUUUGUACAAGGAUGCGAUAACCAGUGGCAUCGUGGGUAAGCGUGUGCUGGUGGUAGGCAUCGGCAACAGUGCAGUGGAUGUCGCUGUUGAUGCAGCAGCAACUGGAAGAUCCCGAUCUGUCUACCUCAGCACAAGGUCAGGUGCCUGGAUCGUUCCCAACUACUUAUUUGGCCUGCCAGUUGAUCUGUAUGCAUCUCGGCUGUUACUGUGGUUGCCAUGGCAAAUCUCCUCACAAAUAUUUGAACCCAUAAUGUCCUUGUUGCAGGGGAGACCUAAAAAGUACAAUCUGAAUCCCAAGAAGCGAUUUUUACAGUCACAGCCCACCGUGAGCCCCACCUUGAUCCACCACAUCCAGCGAGGUCACAUCAAGGUCAAACCUGACAUUGCGCGGAUCGAGGGCGGGACAGUUCACUUCGUGGACGGCUCGUCGGCCGAGGUGGACCACAUCAUCUUGUGCACGGGGUACCACAUCCGCAUCCCUUACCUCUCCAAUGAUUUGAGGUCCGAGGUACUGGACGAGUCAUCCAACUCCAUCAAGCUUUUCAAGAACGUCUUCAGUCCAACCAUCGGGCCAUCGCUGGCCUUCAUCGGCUUUGUUCAGCCAGCAUCGGGGGGCAUCCUCAGCAUGUCCGAGACCCAAGCAAGAUGGUUCGCCGAGCUCUGCAGCGGUCGGGUCAAGCUGCCCAGUCAGGAGGCUAUGAGGGCCAGCAUACUGGAGGAUACGGAGGCAGUCAGGAGACGCUACGCGGCGUCGGCUCGUCACACCAUCCAGCGAGACCCAAUCCUGUACAACGAUGACCUGGCGUCGAGGUUUGGCGCCAAGCCCCAGCUGUGGAGACACCCCAGCCUGGCAUGGAGGUUACUCAUUGGGAGUUGUGGAGCAGCGCAGUGGCGUCUGAAUGGUCCAGGGAAGUGGGAUGGGGCACCAGACACUGUGAGGAGUGUUCCAGUGACAGGAUUGAUGCACUAUGGGGUCCUGACUGUCAUUGGUCUGGUUGUUGGACUCCUAGCAUGUAUCUUGCUAGCUGUCUUGUGAAAAUAUCGAGGGAGCACGUCAACAAUAGGGAACGUUCCUGUACCAUGUGAAGCUCUUGUAGUUAGUAUUACUUUGCAACGGAACAAACUAUACCUAGAGUCGGUAUCAGAGUUUGGGCUGGAAAUCUCAAAUUUUGAAAAUAAGAUAUUUAAAGCUACUUUUCAGAGCUAGUGAGGCAAAAUAGUUACAGGGUUUUGUGGGUAAUGAUACAAGAUGUGUGUCAGUUGGUCCCAAUGUCAUGUAUUAAGACUUUAAUGCCUUCUCUGUGAGUGAGGUGAAAUAUCCAAGAAUGGGCACUUUUAAAAUCAACUCAGUGUGUAUAUUUAAAUCUUUGAAUCUUUGAUUUUUUACGUCCACGGUGCUAUCACAGUACUUUCUGUGAAUUUUUAAUUUGAAGAAUUGAAAUCGUCCAAAACGCUGAAAUGUUUUGUACACCAUUCUUUGUGGUUGAAUCAUGAAAAUUGUAUUUAAUUAUUGUUAGAAUAUGGAAAGUCUUUCUUGUAUACUAAAUAAUCUCUGUCAUUUAAAGAUACUGUAUUUUCCUCAAUACUUUCUGCACAUUAGUUAUGGUUUGUAGUGUGAACAAUUAUUUGAACAUUGUGCCAAUAUGUAAAGUAGAAUACUCUAAAUAUGCUUCGAAUAUUUUUGAUACAGUAUGUGAUAAAGUGAAUUCAAUCACUUGGAUUUAUAUAAAUUAUAUCCAUAUGCAUUUCUUAUAAGCAGGGUUUCUUUGUUGAAGUAUCAUACUGUGUAUGAUAAUUCUUUUAAAUUAAUGAAUGUAAAUCAUAUUUGACACCUUACUUUUUGGGACUUUUGUUGUUGAGUUUCCAUGCCAUCACUACAAUGUAUUCUAGCUUUCCAAAAUUAAAUUAUGAAAUUCUAAAAUGUUUGAUGAAAUAGUGGUUUGCCCUCACUUUGUAUUCCAGAUUUGCUUAUUUCAUUUCACCAAAAAAUUAUGCAAAUUUCAACUACUGAAUUAUGCAAUCUUUGUACAAUUAUUAGAGCAAUAAAAAGCAAUCAGCAGUGCAAUGAAUUCGAAUUUCUUUAAGUACAGGUCAUAUAAACAUCUCAGGAAUUUUCGGGUAGUGAAUUAUUCAUAAUAUGUAAAGAUGCUAAAUUGAAUAACAAUGUAAAGGUAAUUAAUAGUUAACCUAAAUUUAAUACCAAUUAACUUACCCAAAUUCUAACUUGCUAUUUACAUUAUGAAGGUUGAAAUUAUAGUUUAUCUACAAUUUGAUGCGAUUAAAAUAUAUCAUCUUUAUUCUGUUACUCGUGUUUGUUCUGGAGAAGCAAAAUGAUCACCUUAUGCCGAAUGGAACCCUCCGUUUUAUCUCGCUAAUCAUAAAAAAAUCUGAAGUUACACUUAGCCGCACAACUCUGUUUUUAUUUGGUGUAUCGCCCGUGGAGGUGGGUGUUUAAUAUAACUAAAGAAAUGAGGGAUUUAUUCGUUCGUCAAAGAUAAGCUAGUUCCAAUCCCAUUUCAUCAUAAGAUAUCCCUUCUUUGUUAUCA